UUGAACGGUCUAAAAUUGAUUGGAUGAAUUGUGAAAAGGCUUAAAAACACCAAAUCCAGACGCUCAGUACUUCUGUAUUUUAUUACUUGGAUGUCUGAUAAUCUCCCAGGUAUGUGAGAUCUAUAUUAGGGUGCAUUUUCCCUUUAACCAUCUCACAAAUUCUGAUGUUUAAAGCAGGAAUUACGAGUUUACGAGGAGCCCUGAACGCAGCAGCAUUGCACUGUCCAACAGGGGGCGUCAGGCAGCUGUCUGACUGCUUUAUGCUUGUUUUAUUGUUCGAGGAAGUGAAGCUUCACUGUUGUAGCUUUGUCGCAGGCUCUUGAAUUGUAGUCACUCAUUCAGUGGACUCCAAUGUUUAUUAAGUCGUGUGUAGACGAAACUGAACCAACGCGGUAGACAGUCGUAUGGGACAAACCAGUUCACAGGCUGACAGAAUGACUUGUUGUGUCCGGGUCAUCGUGGUGGGAGCUGGCAGUCGAGGGGAGAUCUACUCCCAGUUUGCAUCCAUCCACCCUGAACGCAUGAAGGUUGUUGCAGUAGCUGAUCCCAGGAAAUUUGCUCGCACUAAACUUCAACAGCAACACAACAUUGUAGAUGAAAACAUAUUUGAAGACUGGCACAGUAUAGUUGAAAGAGAGAAAUUUGCAGAUGCUGUGCUCAUUUGCACUCCAGACCGCCUUCAUAAGGAACCUGCAGUGGCCUUUGCAAAGAAGGGCUACCAUGUACUGCUGGAGAAACCAAUGGCAACGACUGCUGAAGACUGCACAGUGAUUGUGGAGGCUUGCAUACAGAGUGGUGUGAUGCUGUCAGUGGGUCAUGUUCUCCGCUAUGAUCCCGUCAUCCACAAGAUUAAGGAGCUGAUAGAUGCUGGUGUCAUUGGUGAUGUGAUCCAUAUUCAGCACCUUGAGCCGGUUGGGUUUUAUCACUUUGCUCACUCAUUCGUUCGAGGAAACUGGAGGAAUGAAGAAGAGAGCUCUUUUGCUCUUUUGGCCAAAUCCUGUCAUGACAUCGACCUCAUACAUCACUGGGCCGGAGGACGCAGGUGUGUGAAAAUGUCAUCAUUUGGAUCUGUCAGCCACUUCAGCAAAGAAAACAAGCCAGCAGGUGCUGCAGAUCGCUGUCUGGAUUGUUCAGUAGAAGCAACGUGUCCUUACUCAGCUUGCAAAAUCUACCUGGACAGAGUGAAACAGGGUCACACCGGCUGGCCUGUAUCAGUCAUAUGUCCGAGCUCGUUCCCAGACAUCGAGUCAGUCACCGAGGCACUGAGGACUGGACCAUAUGGCCGCUGUGUCUACGAAUGUGACAAUGAUGUCUGCAGUAAUCAGGUUGUUAACAUGGAGUUUGAAGGAGGUCUGACUGCAGCCUUUUCCAUGGUGGCGUUCACUGAGGAGAUAUGCCAGCGAAAAACAACCGUCUAUGGCAGCAAGGGGGAACUGUCAUAUGACGGUCAUGGGAUUCAAGUGUUUGACUUUCUAACCCAGAAAUCCACUAAACACACAGCACACAAUAACGCUCCCGGACACUUUGGCAUGAGUGGACAUGGUGGAGCAGACUACCACCUCAUAGACGCCUUUAUCUCUGCUGUGGCGAACAACAAUCCAUCUCUGAUCCGCUCGGGUCCUGAGGAGACGCUGAUGAGCCAUUUGCUGGUGUUUGAAGCUGAGCGUUCACGACUGGAGAGCAGAGUGGUGUACUGUGGUGACACAAGACAGAACUAGAUGACUAAAAAGCAUUUUAAACACAAAAUGAUGUCAUCUUAAAACACUAUAAAGAUAUCUGACUGAUUAAUGAAACAAUUA